AAUAAAUCGAUAUUUCACAUACUUAUACAUGUCGAGACGAAAAUGUAAAAUAAUUUGUAAAUAAUUCAUAAUUAGUAGUAAAUUGUUAUUUCUAACAUAAAAUUAGUAAGGACUCAGGAGUCGAGAAAUAUUGUAUAGUCUAUUGUGUGAGCAAUUUUGACAUAAAAGAAAAUAACUUAUAAUGCACUUAAAUGCAGCUAUUAAGUAUUAUAUACAUCAUGUAUUUGCAAUCAAAUUAAAUUGUUAUAAUUAUAAUCUAUCGACAAUUAUUUAGGUAAUAGUAACUACCCAUGUCCUCAUAUUAUAUUUGCCACACACCCACGACCCACCUAUAAUAGUAUAGUUUAUAAUUAUUAGUGUUGGUAUUCGUAUAUCUGUAUAUAUUUAUAGUUAUAUUGACACCUGAAGUUGGGUAUCCAGUAAUCUUUAUUCAUAAUUUGAAGUUUAAUAAAUUAUUGGGCAUGAUGGAGCUACUGAAGAUUGCUAAAACAAAUUUACGUAAUAACUUAAAAAAAAAAUUGUCACAAAUGACAGCUAGUGAAAUUGCCGAACAAUCAAAAAUCAUAACUAACAAAAUAUUAUCUCAUCCAGCAUACACAAGAAGCAACAGAGUGUCAAUAUACCUCAGUAUGGAUUCUGAAGUACAAACAAAUAGUAUUGUUGAAAACAUUUUCGACUCAGAAAAAAUAUGCUUUAUUCCUAAGUACAGCAAAUCUGAAAUGCUUAUGGUGAAGAUAAAAUCAAUAGAUGAACUUAAUAGUUUGCCAAAAACCAGUUGGAAUAUAUCACAACCAGCCGAUGAUGAUGUGCGUGAGGAUGCAUUGACAACAGGUGGUUUAGAUUUGAUUAUAGUGCCAGGCUUAGGUUUCACCAAGGAUGGAAAGCGAUUAGGACGAGGAAAAGGUUAUUAUGAUCGAUGCAUAACUGAAUAUAAAAAAAAAUAUCCAUUUAAUAAUUUGAAAACCAUUGGAUUGGCAUUUAGUGAACAAAUAUGUGAUGACAUACCAAUGAGUCAACAAGAUAGUUUGAUAGACUUUUUAGUUUGUCCUUAAUUAUUAUGAUAGGCAAUUAUAUGUACAAUAUUAUCUAUGUAUGGAAAUGAUAAUAAGUGUUUUAGUUUUAUAAAAUGUUUAGAAUCUCAAGUACUUAAUUAACUGUAAUCAAAAUUUUUAUAAAUUUAACCUGAAUCGAUUAAAAUACUUUUAUCUAAAAUAAACAAAUAAAUUAAAUAUUACAUUUUA